AUGGAGAUAUCACCUUUAACAUCUGAUGCACAAGAAAAAAGUAUUGUUGAUGCGAUCAAUACUGAUGAUCGCAUCAGCAAACUCCCAAACGAUUUAUUGGUUAAGAUCUUAUCAAGAUUAUCCCUCAAAGAAGCCAUGAGGACAAGUGUUCUAUCAAAUCGAUGGGUGCAUGUGUGGAAGGAUGUGUCUCGUCUCUUCUUCGACCUACGAAAGUUGGCCGUAAUCAGACCUCUUUGGUACCAUUCUACUGAUCAUCAUGCCGCUAGAUCAAUGACCAAGGUUAUAAACGAUCACCAUGGCCAUUUGGAAAAAUGCACAAUCAUUUAUUACCCAUAUCAAUGUGAAGACGGGAUGGUCGAGGCUUGGAUUCGGUCAUUGAUUCAUGUGAAACACAUCAAGCAUCUCACACUUAAAAACUUUAUAUGCCCUUUUAGACCAAACCCUACCAUCACACUCGACUUGCCUCCAGAAUCAUUUUCCCAUCCAUGCCUAGAUUCACUGACUUUAAGUCGGUAUAACAUAGAAACCUCACAUGCUUUCGACAACUGCUGGAAUAUAAAGAAGCUAGAACUCACUGGCAUUUCCGCCGGGGUUGGAGUCUUUAACGUAGUCCUCGUGUCUUGCCCUUCUCUUGAAGUGCUUGUAGUUGAUAUCAAUUGCCACAAAGGAAGAGGUCUUCUGAAAAUUGAGAACCCCAACUUAAAGUUCUUGUAUCUAUCCUGUUAUAAUAUUGAUGCCAUUGAAGUGUCUUCACCAAAUCUUGACAUCCUCACCAUCGGAAAUCUCUUGUGUGAGAAAGAGAAGGUCGUCAUUGCGAGUCCUAGACUCCAGUUUUACAGAAACUAUUGGACUACAUUAUAUGCUCACACCAGCUAUAGUAUAUCAUGCCCCGAUCAGGAGAAAAAGAGCAUUGGACAUGAAUUCCUGAUGAGGAGAUCACGUGACUUUUUGAGUGAAUUUGCAUCGAUGUCGGUAAGUGUAGACUUGGCAAAUGCAAAAGAAGUUGAGAUGCUACAAGAAAUUUUAGCUGCAUGUCCUAGAGAAAUGGAAAAACUAGAUAUCUUAUUCAAGAAAAGCAAUGUUCCGAGGAAAGAAUUUGAGACUUCUAUUGGAAGAACACAGAAGCAGUUUUGGGAAGAGACAAAACCGUUUUCUCACGCUAACUUCAGUGCAUAUACUGUAAGGCUGUCUAACUUUAGCGGUUCAAAAGAAGAGUUUACGUUAGCGUCGCGUUUGAUAACUCAAGGGAUGGUAGGCAAGACUAUGCUAAUCAAACCAUCGUCGUUUUCUCCAAGUAACAAGUUACAGAUAGAGGGGGCAGUGGCCAACCUAAACGAACUUCCAAAAGGCCACAGAGAGCUCGAUAUCGUAAUGGUAUGA